AUGUCUUUGCAGUGGACAUCAGUUCUUCUGCUGCUCCGAAUGAGUUGCUACUUUAGCUUUGGGAGCUGUGGAAAGUUGCUGGUGUGGCCCACAGAGUAUAGUCAUUGGAUAUCUAUGAAAACAAUUCUGGAUGAACUUGCUGAGAGAGGUCACGAAGUGGUUGCUCUGACACCUACAACUUCCAUUCAAAUGGACUCCAGCAAACCAUCUGCCAUUAAAUUUGAGGUUGUCCCUUCAAGUCUCAAAAAAGAAGAUUGGGAACAUCAUGUCGGGCAGCUUCUUAGUCUAUGGACAAAUGAUACAGCAAAAGAUGUACCUUGGAGAUAUUUGCAAAAAAUAAAGGAAUUAUUUUGGAAAAGUUUUGAUUUAGCUGAAAUUGGAUGUAAAGAUGUAAUUUUGAACAAGGAUAUAAUGGCAAAACUUACCCAAGAAUCAGGAUUUGAUCUCAUUCUUGCAGAUGCUGUUGCACCCUGUGCUGAGCUGCUGGCAGAGCUGCUCAAAGUCCCAUUUGUGUACACUCUACGCUUCACACCGGGAAAUAUAUUUACAAAGUACAGUGGAAAACUUCCACUUCCACCUUCCUAUGUACCUGUUUGUUUGUCAGAAUUAAGUGAUCACAUGACAUUCAUGGAGAGGGUAAAAAACAUGAUAUAUAUGCUCUAUUUCGAAUUUCAUUUUAAAAAAUUCAGUGAAAAAUGGAAUCAACUUUAUAGUGAAGUACUAGGAAAGCCUACUACAUUAUUUGAGCUGAUGGGGAAAGCUGAAAUGUGGCUCAUUAGAGACUACUGGAAUUUUGGGUAUCCUCACCCACUCUUACCAAAUUUUGAGUUUGUUGGAGGUUUCCACUGCAAACCAGCCAAACCACUGCCUAAGGAAAUGGAAGAGUUUGCACAGAGCUCUGGAGAAAAUGGUAUUGUGGUGUUUUCUCUGGGCUCAAUGAUUAGUAACCUGCCAGAAGAGAGAGCCAAUGUGAUUGCAUCGGCCCUUGCCCAGAUUCCACAAAAGGUUCUAUGGAGAUUUGAUGGCAAGAAGCCAGCUACUUUAGGGGCAAACACUCGGCUGUACAAAUGGCUCCCCCAAAAUGACCUUCUCGGUCAUCCAAAAACAAAGGCUUUUAUAACCCAUGGGGGAGCCAAUGGCAUCUUUGAGGCAAUCUACCAUGGUGUCCCAAUGGUGGGCAUUCCCUUGUUUGUGGACCAGCCUGAAAACAUGGCACAUAUGAAGGUCAAGGGUGCCGCUGUCGUACUGGACAUACAAAGAAUGUCAAGCACAGAUUUGCUGAAUGCACUGAAGACAGUUAUUAAUGACCCCUCAUACAAAGAGAAUGUUAUGAAAUUAUCAAGGAUACAGCAUGAUCAGCCAAUGAAGCCUCUGGAUCGAGCUGUCUUCUGGAUCGAGUUUGUCAUGCGCAAUAAAGGGGCCAAGCACCUGCGGCCGGCCUCCCAUGACCUCACCUGGGCCCAGCUCCAUUCCCUGGAUGUGAUUGGGUUCCUGCUGGCCUGUGUGGCAACUGCAGUGUAUGGCAUCACAAAAUGCUGUCUGUUUUGUUGCCGGAAAGUGGUCAAAACCAGAAAAGACAAAAGGGAGUAG